AUGAAGGAGAACUCUAUACGGUGCGAAGCGUGUGGCGCACGUGCAGCCGUGCGCCUGGAAGGUGGUGGUGGUGCCGUUUGUCCGAGUCCGGCGGUCCGGACGGUUUGUUACUGUUACGUAUGCGGGAGGUCGUUACGCCACGCCGGGUGUGCUGCGAGUGCGUCGCCGCCGCUGACUGCUGAGGAGUCCUCAGUGCGGGAAAAGGCGAGGCCUACGUCGGCAGAGUCUGUCACCUUCAACGAGCUAAGAGCGCUGCUGCGACGACGACUGGCUGCGCGUAGGGGCACUUCCCUCAUCCGAUGCGCGCCGUAUGCGGCGACUCGCCGGGGGCCUCACUUCUCCUCGACAUCCUUGUCGUCAUCGUCAUCGUCGUCAUCGUCUUUGUCGCUGUUGGAGUUGGAGUUGUGUGACGAUACGGGGAGGAUAGAGUGUUGGCGCGGGCCGCAGGCGGGUCGGGAGCAAAGAUCACCCGAGUUGUUGGCAUGGACAGCAUCGUCCUUCAACGGGGAUUUUGCGGAGGCCGCCGCUGCAGCUCCUCCGUGGCUUUUUGCACGUCUGAAGACAGUUGAAGAUGCGCUGGCGGAGAUGGUAUUCGACUUUAACACGCGGCUUGCGGCGCUGCAGGUGAGUUCCAUACGCGAAAUAGGCGGCUGGAGGCAACAGGUCUCGGAACUGAGGGCGGAACUUCGUGAACGGAGGGAUCAGGAGACGGUGCUACUGAGACGCGUGGAGCUGUUGGAGACGAAGCUGCGUGAGCGGCACGACGUACACGCCGAGGAGGUGAUGGAGGAGCAACGCAGGCAGGAGGAGACGCAGCGCUGGCGUCUCCGACUGGAGGAGAAACAGCAAGAGAGUUUGAGCGCGGCAUAUCGUUUGUUAUGUGAUACGCUUGGCGUUUGCCAUGUGGGCUCAUGA